AUGAGUAGUCCCGCGCCAUUUAAACUCUCAGAGUAUCCACGCCGACCUGGAAAUGGACGAAUUGGUCGCCCAAUUCGUGUUAAAACCAAUUUUUUUGAAGUUUUGCAACUACCAAAUGCGACUGUGUACCAUUACGAUGCUGAUAUUUCCCCUACCGUGCCCGCUUCCCUGAACCGUAAGAUAUUCGCGCAUUUUGUAAAAGUUGAGUCUGGAGGCAUACUUGGAGGAAUUAAACCAGUAUAUGAUGGUCGUAAAAAUCUUUAUACUAUAAAAGAAUUUCCGUUUGGUGAUACUGUUACUCAUCAGCCUCCACGCAAGUUUACUAUCAAAUUGAAAAAAGUGGCCAAAAGAAAUCUCGAAGAAGCGCUUCGUUUUGUUCAAGGAAAAAGUGCCACCUCGAAUAAUAUAUUGUCCGCAAUCGGAGCACUUGAUGUUUUAAUAAAUCAAGAACCCUCAAUGAAUUUUACCACUGUCGGUCGUCGUGCUUUUUAUACAUCUGAAAAUUCAAGUACUUUAUCUGGCGGUGCUGAAGUUUGGCAGGGUUAUUGGCAAUCAUUACGACCAGGUCAAGGCAAUGUUGCAACCUUAAUUGCUAAAAUUCUAGGUCGAAGAAUUGAGGAGCUUCGGAAGGGUUUUAAUUUAAGAGAUCGCCUUAAAAUUGAAAAGACACUCAAACAUUUAAAGUUUCGGGUUACACAUCGAGGUGCUAAUUUUCAACGUCGAUACAAAAUUAAAAAAUUAUCGGAGAAUUCGACACAAGAAACAAUUUUUUCUAAAGGAGAAGGAGAAGGAAACAUUAGCGUUGUAAAAUACUUUCAGCAACAAUAUAAUCUUAAAUUACAAUAUCCUUUUUUACCUUGUAUUAUGACUCCUAGUGGAACAUAUUUCCCUCCCGAAGUAUGUGAUUUGGAAGCGGGUCAAAGAGUAACAAGAAAACUUUCUGAAAAACAAACUGCUGAAAUGAUUAAAUUUACGUGUCAAGCUCCAACGAUACGUGCGGAAAAAAUUCAAAAAGGCAUGGCCUUAUUAAAGUAUGAUCAAAACGAAUAUUGCAAGCAAUGGGGGCUUAAGGUGUCUUCGAAAAUGGCUGUUAUCGAUGCUCGCGUACUUCCCGCCCCUAAGUUGGCUUACCAUCCUUCCGGAAAGGAAUCAAAUUUUGCUCCUCAAUUCGGUGCCUGGCAACUUGGUCCUGGCAAAAAAAUGUUAAACGGAGCUACAUUGAAAUCAUGGUCUGUAAUCGUUUUUGCGAGUCCCCAUCAGAUUCAAAAAGAAGUAGUGGAUGUAUUUCUUCGUGAAUUGAUAAAGACCUUGGGAGAAAAUGGAAUGAAUGUAGUAAACCCUACACCUCCAAUUAUGCAUGCAAAUCCUCAAGGAAAUAUUGAAACUACAAUACGUCAAGCCCAUACAGCUGCUGGAAAUGCUGCACAUUAUAAACCUCAAUUAAUUAUAUGUGUUCUUCAGGGUCGUUCUACAUUAUAUGACGAAAUUAAAAGGAUUGAAGACACAGUCUUGGGAGUUCCCACCCAGUGCUUAAUUUCAAACAAAUUAUAUAAACCAAACAAACAAUAUUGUGGAAUGCUUGGUUUAAAGAUCAAUGUUAAACUGCAAGGAAAUAACGUGUCGUUACAACGAGAAUAUCUCCCUUUUUUUCUUGAAGCUCCGACUAUUAUCUUUGGUGCGGAUGUUACACAUCCUGGUUUCGGAGAUAAUAAUCCAAGUAUUGCUGCAGUGGUUGCGUCGUUUGAUGCCCUUGCGACAAGAUACGCCACAUCAAUAAGGUUUCAAGGUUCUCGUGUUGAGAUUAUUUCUUCACUUAAAGAAAUGGUACAGGAACUUUUGAAAGUUUUCUAUAAAGAAACUCGUAGGAAACCGGAACGAAUUUUAUUUUAUCGAGACGGAGUCAGCGAAGGACAGUUUGAAGAAGUUUUGACGUUUGAAGUUGAUGCUAUACGAAAAGCAUGCAUUACUUUAGAAGCAACCUAUAAACCCAAAAUUACAUUUGUCAUUGUUCAAAAGAGACAUCAUACCAGAUUCUUUCCUACAGACAAUAACAUAGAUAGGUCAAAGAAUUGCCUUCCAGGGACCGUCGUGGAAAAGGAAAUAACUCAUCCAUUUGAAUUUGAUUUUUGUAAGCUAAACUUAGUACCUCCAGCAUAUUAUGCACAUUUAGCCGCAUUUCGUGCCAGGCAUGUUUUUGAUAUUAAUUUAAAUAAAAAUUUGCUUCGAAAUUAUCUUACCAAGUAUCUUCUUGUUUUUAGAUGUUGGAGGAAAGUACCAAUAUUCUCUUCAGAAGGCAGUGGUGAGGACGUUGAAGACUAUACCAAUUUAAAGCCAGAAUUACAAAAAGUGAUGUUUUUCAUUUAA